UAUUUUCAGUUAGUUUGUCAGUGCUGUGGGUCCUGUUCUAGUAAACAGGUCGAGUAUUAUGAUAAUUAUCCAGCUGAAGUACAACGAUACAAACAUUCACAGUCCAACAUUUCAGAAAGACGCGUACGUUGUCGAUGUGAAUGUUAGCACCCCGGUAGACGGGAGGGUUCUGCUAACAGUACGAGCCGAGGACCCUGACCCUGACGACAACGGAAAGAUAGAGUACUCAUUUGCUAAGGAUACCAACGACAGGACCAAAUCCAUCUUUGGACUCCACCUGAACACAGGAGAAAUAACACUAAGUUACGCUCUGGAUGGAGAAGAGGUCAUAUACAGAUUUACCGUUGUGGCACGUGACAAAGGCGUCGUCCCAAAGUCAGGACAGACAGAGGUAUGGGUGGUGGUAACCGGAAGGACAGGUAAUGUAAAUGGCUCAGUCAUUAGUGCAGUGGCAGGUUGCCUGGGAGGAGCCGUUCUCAUCCUCGGUGUCAUCCUCGUGCUUUGUUUUACUCGGUUAAAGAAACUGAGAAAUCAAAUACAAGAGGAAAAAUUGGACAAGGAGAAUAUGAAGCGACUAUUCCAGUUAAAUCAGAUACAUUUUCAAGACAGCAACCAGCCGAACGUGCGAUCGGAGCCGUUUGAUAUGAUCGAUGAUGGUCAAAUUCCGAAUUACAACGAGAUUGUGGAUUCCCCGUCUGGCGGAGGUUACAACCUGCCGAAUGAUUUCCCCUUGCCGAAUGACUCUGAUGUCGCUGGGGAGAGCUCGACAGAUAUCCGAGAAGGCACGAGUGACUACAUGCAUCCAAUCGGCACACUUCCUCGAUCAAACGGGGGCCUUACAUCUGAUGGCUAUAUGAUGGCUGUGUCAACCUCGGCGUCAUCAAACGCAACCUUGAAAAAGGAUGAUAUGGAUUACAUUCACGCAAAUUCUCUGAAGCGUUAGAAUUGAAGUACUAUAAAUCAAAAUUAGGACAGAGACUCAUCUUUCU